GUGCCUGAGCCAGCUCUAGCCCUGCUGGGGCCGUGCAGGGCAGGCUGAGGUCCUGCGGUGAUCCAGCACAGAAUCCAGAGGGUGUUUCUGGCUCAGAACAUGACUUCUUGUAAAGGGAGUGCUUCAGCCCGGCCGUUUGAGCACUCUGUGCAUUCCUGCACUGCUGGAGAGCUGCAGCAUGCACUUCUGCUUUCUCUUUCUGCCUUUGGAAGAGGUCUGGGUGCUGGCCCUCUGAGGCAGCCUUAUCCAGACUCCCCUGGGGUCCCUCUUGUUGCUCCUGAUGGUCCCUGGGGACCGCUGCUGGGGCCGCUAACCCUAAUUCCUGUGUUUUUGCAGUAAAAACCCUUUCCUUCUCACCCCUGGGAGCGUGGCCUGCAGGGGAUGUCCCGGCACCACAGGGCUGUGAGGUUCAGACACGUGUCUCUGGUUGUUCCCCCAGGACGCAGGCUGAACAUCCUGCUCGUGGGCAAAACUGGAAGUGGGAAGAGUGCGACAGGGAACUCCAUCCUUGGGAAGAAAGCAUUUGAAUCUCUGGUGUCACCAGAUUCAGUGACCAAGAACUACAGUGCAGACACUGCCUCAUUCCGUGGAAGAGAAAUUGCCGUUAUUGACACUCCUGGCCUUUUUGACACCCAGAGAGCCAAUAAGGAAACAGCUGAACUGAUUGGAAAUGCUCUUCGUCACUUCUAUGGAGGGGUGCAUGCUAUCAUCCUGGUGAUGCAACUGGCCCACAUCGGUACAGAAGAGGUGGAAGUGGCUGAGUGGGUGACAAAGACUUUCCAUACUGAGGCACAGAAGUACAUGAUCCUGUUAUUCACCCGAGCAGAAGAAUUUGGGAGUCCAGAUGAUAUCCAUGAUUUCGUGGAAAGUAACACACACCUCAGUGGGAUUGCAGAAAAAUGUGAAAAUAGGUACAUUGCUUUCAGCAACAUAGCAGCAGAGCAGAGAAGGAAACAGCAGGUUGCAGACCUCAUUAAAAUGAUUGAUGCGAUGGUAGAGAAGAACAAAGAUGCUCCGUGUUAUACGCGAGAAAUGCUGGAGGAACAUACACGGACGUUUUUUGGAAAGCAUUGUCCUAUACUCUAGCCAACAAGGCUUUGGUCAGACGGGCGAUGUUUCCUCUCUUGUGCCUUUCCUGCCGUGCUCUGAAGAUCACUCUCUCCUUCCUCUCUUGACGUUUCCUCCUGUCCCGUCAGUGACCUACCUUUUCCCCUGGCCCGUGCCAUUGCUCUCCUGACAGGCUGCGAGAGUGCAAUGGGUGUCUGGCAACGUGUAAUUCUCCUCUGCUGCUCUGUUGUGCUGGGAAGCCGGAGACCUUGGCUGGGUGGCAGAGAGCUGCACUGCCCUGCUGGCAGCACCACUGCGCUGACUCUCUCCUCCCUGGUCUGAAGACACGGCAAGCUGAAAGCAACGGGAACAUCAGGGCUGUGAGAUGUGCCCCCUCAGAGCACAGGUCAGCCUGGAGCGCUGCUUCCGAGAUCAAAGCCUCUUGUUGUCCCCGUGGCAGCCAGGGCUCUAGGAACUUCUCCGGGCUUUGGGAGGGUUCGUGGUGCCAGCCUUGGUCUCUCUGCAGUGGGAUGCUGCUGGUGUCACUGGCUGUGCUGCCCCUGCCUUCGCUGGGCAAUGCGAGUAAUUGUAUGUGAUGGCUGGGUCUAAAGAAAGUCAUCUAAUAAAUGCUAAUCUGAUGCUCAUCUAAUAAAUGCUAAUAAAUGCUAAUAAACACUAAUAAAUGCCCAUAAA